UCUGGAGUGGUGUGGGUGUCUUGGGGGCUUCCAGCGCCCCGACGACCCCCUUCGGACUUGGCUUGGCCAGGUCUAGGCGGGAAGGGGACUCACCAGCGACAGUGGCUGAGAGUCAGGAGGUGAGGCGUGAAGUCUAGUCACCGGGAAGAACCAGAGACUACAAAGGAUGGGGUGACUACUGCAGCAUCAGUGUCAGCGACAGGCACCGCUGUCCCUGUCAACUGCAGUAUUUAAGACCCUGGAGAGCUGUGUCCUGGGACCAGAGCAAGAGAAGAGCCUGAGUGUGCAGAACCCAGCCCAGGACGUGCAGGGAGCCAGCCUGCCUGUCUGUGUCAGGGAGGUCAUCACCAGCAACCUCUCCCAGCCUGAGACCCCAGCCCCUCUCCAGGUCCCAGAGAUGGCGUCACUGCUGUCGCUGCAGGAGGAAAACCAGCUGCUGCAGCAGGAGCUGUCCCGGGUGGAGGACCUGCUGGCCCAGAGCCGUGCAGAGCGUGAUGAGCUUGCCAUCAAGUACAAUGCGGUCAAUGAGAGGCUGGAGCAGGCUGUGCGGCUGGAGACUGGGGAGCUGGAGGCCCAGGAGCCCAGGGGGCUGGUGCGGCAGAGCGUGGAGCUGCGGAGGCAGCUGCAGGAGGAGCAGGCCUCCUAUCGGCGCAAGCUGCAGGCCUACCAGGAGGGCCAGCAGCGGCAGGCCCAGCUAGUGCAGCGGCUGCAGGCCAAGAUCCUGCAGUACAAGAAGCAGUGCUCCGAUCUGGAGAAGCAGUUGCUGGACAGGGCCACCGAGCUGGAGCAGCAGCAACUGAGGAUCACAGAACACAGGCAGGACCUGGACAGCGCUCUUCUGCGCCUGGAGGAGGAACAGCAGAGAAGUGCCAGCCUGGCCCAGGUGAACGCCAUGCUGAGAGAGCAGCUGGAUCAGGCAAACUUGGCCAACCAGGCUCUGAGCGAGGACAUUCGCAAGGUGACCAGUGACUGGACCCGCAGCUGUAAGGAGCUGGAACAGAGGGAGGCGGUGUGGAGGCGUGAGGAAGAGUCCUUCAAUGCCUACUUCAGCAGCGAGCACAGCCGCCUGCUCCUCCUCUGGAGGCAGGUCAUGGGGCUCCGACGGCUGGCCAGCGAGGUCAAGAUGGGGACAGAGAGGGACCUGCUGCAGCUGGGAGGGGAACUAGUCCGGACAUCCCGGGCUGUCCAGGAGGUGGGCCUGGGACUGAGCGCCAGCCUGCAGCGCGCUGAGAGCAGGGCUGAGGCGGCUCUGGAGAAGCAAAAGCUGCUGCAGGCGCAGCUGGAGGAGCAGCUACAGGCCAAGCUGCUCCGGGAGAAGGACCUGGCCCAGCUGCAGGUGCAGAGUGACCUGGACAAGGCCGAUCUCAGUGCCAGAGUGACAGAACUGGCCCUGUCUGUGGAGCACCUUCAGAACCAGAACACAGAGAAGGACCAGGUCAACAGGACUCUUGCUGACAAGUUGGAGGCCAUGGAGUCUCUGCGGCUCCAGGAGCAGACAGCCCUGGACACUGAGGAUGGAGAGGGGCUGCAGCAGACCCUGAGGGACCUGGCACAGGCUGCCCUAUCUGACACUGAGAGUGGCGUCCAGCUUAGCAGCUCAGAGCGCACUGCGGACACCUCGGACGGCAGCCUGCGCGGGCUCUGUGGCCAGCGGACCCCAACUCCACCGCGGCAUUCCUCCCCGGGUCGAGGUCGUUCUCCGCGCCGAGGCCUGUCCCCAGCCUGCUCUGACUCCUCCACGCUCACACUGAUCCACUGUGCCCUGCACAAGCGCCAGCUACAGGUCCAGGACAUGCGUGGGCGCUAUGAAGCCAGCCAAGACCUGCUGGGUUCCGUGCGCAAGCAGCUCAGUGACAGUGAGGGCGAGCGGCGUGGCCUGGAGGAGCAGCUACAGCGCCUGCGGGACCAGACAGCAGCCACAGCCCAGGCCCAAGAGGAUGCACAGCGCGAGGCCCAGCGCCUCCGCAGUGCCAACGAGCUCCUGAGCAGGGAGAAGGGCAACCUGACCCACAGCCUGCAGGUGACCCAGCAGCAAGCUGAGGAGCUGCGCCAGGAGCUGGAAAAGCUACAGGCUGCCCAGGAGGAGCUGAGGCGUCAGCAUACCCAGCUGGAGGACGAGCAGGAGGACACGGUGCAGGAGGGCGCCCGGGCACGCCGAGAGCUGGAGCGCAGCCAGCGGCAGCUGGAGCAGCUGGAAGGGAAGCGCUCAGGGCUGACGAAAGAGCUGGUAGAGGUGCGGGAGGCACUGAGCUGCGCCAUACUGCAGAGGGAUGUGCUGCAGACAGAGAAGGCAGAGGUGGCCGAGGCGCUGACCAAGGCUGAGGCUGGCCGUGUGCAGUUGGAACUCUCCAUGACCAAGCUGAGGGCAGAGGAGGCCUCCCUGCGAGACUCCUUGUCCAAGAUGAGUGCCCUCAAUGAGAGUCUCGCCCAGGACAAGCUGGAAUUAAACCGUCUCAUUGCCCAGCUAGAGGAAGAAAAGGCGGCACUCCUGGGCCGCCAGCAGCAGGCAGAGCAUGCCACUACGCUGGCUGUGGAGAAGCAGGAACGGUUGGAGCAGCUGAGGCUGGAGCAGGAGGUGGAGAGGCAGGGCCUGGAGGGCUCCCUGUGUGUGGCUGAGAAGGCCCGGGAGGUGCUGGAGCAGCAGCUCCUUGUGCUGCGCAGCGAGCGCAGCCAUCUGCAGGAGCAGCUGGCCCAGCUCUCCCGACAGCUGAACGGACGGGACCAGGAGCUGGAGCAGGCCCUGCGGGAGUCCCAGCGGCAGGUGGAGGCGCUGGAGCGCGCUGCCCGGGAGAAGGAGGCCAUGGCCAAGGAGCGGGCCGGCCUGGCCGUGCAGCUGGCAGCAGCAGAGCGGGAGGGCCGGACCCUGUCAGAGGAGGCCAUUCGCCUGCGCUUGGAGAAGGAGGCCCUGGAGAGCAGCCUGUUUGACGUGCAGAGGCAGCUGGCUCAGCUGGAGGCCCGCCGGGAGCAGCUAGAAGCUGACAGUCAAGCCCUGCUGCUGGCCAAGGAAGGCCUGACUGGGGAGCUGGCAGGCCUGCGGCAGCAGGUAACAGCCGCUGAAGAGAAAGCGGCCUUGGACAAGGAGCUGAUGACCCAGAAGCUAGUGCAAGCGGAGCGGGAGGCACAGGCCUCUCUUCGGGAGCAGCGGGCAGCCCAUGAGGAGGAUCUUCAAAGACUCCAGCGUGAGAAGGAGGCUGCAUGGCGGGAGCUUCAGGCAGAGCGGGCCCAGCUGCAGGGCCAGCUGCAGCAGGAGCGGGAGGAGCUGCUGGCGCGGAUGGAGGCUGAGAAGGAGGAGCUGAGUGAGGAGAUCGCGGCGCUGCAGCAGGAGCGGGAUGAGGGCCUGCUCCUGGCCGAGAGUGAGAAGCAGCAGGCCUUGUCCCUGAAGGAGUCUGAGAAGACGGCGCUGUCGGAGAAGUUGAUGGGAACCCGGCACAGUCUGGCUGCCAUCUCUCUGGAGAUGGAACGACAGAAGCGAGAUGCCCAGAGCCGGCAGGAACAGGACCGGAACACAGUGAACGCCCUGACAUCUGAACUUCGAGACCUCCGGGCCCAGCUGGAGGAAGCCACUGCGGCCCAUGCCCAGAAGGUGAAAGAACUCCAGGAGCAGACGGGCAGCCUGGGCCGGCAGCGGGAGGCCUGCAUGCGGGAGGCAGAAGAGCUGAAGACUCAGCUCCGCUUGUUGGAGGAUACCCGAGAUGGGCUGCGGCGGGAGCUGCUGGAGGCUCAGCGCAAGGUUCGGGACGGUCAGGACAGCUCCGAGGCCCAUCGCCAGGAGGCUAGUGAGCUGCGGCGCAGUCUGAGUGAGGGCAGCAAGGAGCGUGAGGCCCUGCGGCGUUCCAACGAGGAGCUGAGGUCUGCAGUGAAGAAGGCUGAGAGCGAGAGGAUCAGCCUGAAGCUUGCUAAUGAGGACAAGGAACAGAAGCUGGCCCUCCUGGAAGAGGCUAGAGUGUCUGUAGCCAAGGAGGCUGGAGAGCUGCGGGCCUCGCUACAGGAGGUGGAGCGAUCCCGGCUGGAGGCUCGGCGGGAGCUGCAGGAGCUUAGGCGGCAGAUGAAGACGCUGGACAGUGACAAUGGCAGGCUUAGCCGGGAGCUGGCAGACCUGCAGGGCCGCUUGGCCCUGGGCGAGCGGACAGAGAAGGAGAGCCGGCGAGAGGUCCUGGGCCUGCGGCAGAAGUUGCUGAAAGGCGAGAGCAGCUUGGAGGCCUUGAAGCAGGAGCUCCAGGGUUCGCAGAGGAAGCUGCAGGAGCAAGAGGCCGAGUUCCGGGCACGCGAGCGAGGCCUGUUGGGCUCCCUGGAGGAGGCGCGUGGUGCUGAGAAGAAGCUUCUGGACGCUGCUCGCAGCCUGGAGCUGAGGCUGGAGGCGGUGCGGGCCGAGACCUCAGAGCUGGGGCUGCGACUGAGUGCGGCCGAGGGCCGGGCACACGGCCUGGAGGUCGAGCUUGCCGGCGUGGAGGCGCAGCGGCGGGUGGCCGAGGCCCAGCUGGGCGGCCUGCGCUCUGCCCUGCGCAGGGGCCUGGGCCUGGGCCGAGUGUCCAGCUCCCCGGCACGGGAGGCGCCUGCUGGAGGAAGUGGGGAUGGUCUCAGCAGCCCGAGUCCUUUGGAAUAUAGCCCUCGGUCCCAGCCCCCAUCUCCAGGGCCUGGUGCCUCCCCGGCACCUACAGACUUGGACCCAGAAGCUGUGCGUGAUGCCCUCCGAGACUUUCUGCAAGAACUGCGGAGUGCCCAGCGGGAGCGGGAUGAACUUAAGGCCCAGACCAGCACCCUGAGUCAACAGCUGGCUGAGAUGGAGGCAGAGCGAGACCAUGCAGCCUCAAGGGCCAAGCAGCUGCAGAAGGCAGUAGCUGAGAGCGAGGAAGCCUGGCGCAGUGCAGACAGGCGGCUGAGCGGGGCCCAGGCAGAGCUGGCACUGCAGGAAGAGAGUGUCCGACGUAGCAGGCGGGAGUGCAGGGCCACGCUGGACCAGAUGGCAGUGCUGGAGAGGAGCCUGCAGGCCACUGAGAGCGAGCUCCGAGCCAGCCAGGAGAAAGUCACCAAGAUGAAGGCCACCGAGGCGAAGCUGGAGAGUGACAAGCGGCGACUGAAGGAGGUGCUGGAUGCCUCUGAGAGUCGCUCCAUCAAACUGGAGCUGCAGCGGCGUGCUCUUGAGGGCGAGCUGCAGCGCAGCCGCCUGGGCCUGGGGGACCGUGAGGCCCAUGCUCAGGCCCUCCAGGAUCGGGUGGACUCCCUGCAGAGACAGGUGGCAGACAGUGAAGUGAAGGCAGGGACCUUACAGCUAACAGUGGAGCGGCUCAGUGGGGCACUGGCCAAGGUGGAAGAGAGCGAGGGGACCCUGCGGAGCAAGGUACAGAGCCUGACAGAUGCCCUGGCCCAGAGCAACGCCACCCUGAGCAGCACUCAGGACAAGAAUCUGCACCUACAGAAGGCCUUGAGUACCUGUGAACAUGACCGCCAAGUGCUACAGGAACGGCUGGAUGCUGCCAGACAGGCAUUGUCUGAAGCGCGAAGACAAAGCAGCUCCCUGAGUGAACAGGUGCAGACUUUGCGAGGCGAGCUGGCCAACCUGGAGCUGCAGCGGGGCGAUGCAGAAGGCCAGCUGCAGCAGCUGCAGCAGGUGCUGCGGCAGCGGCAGGAAGGGGAGGCCAUGGCUCUGCGCUCCGUCCAGAAGCUGCAGGAGGAGCGGCGUCUGUUGCAGGAGCGCCUGGGCAGUCUGCAGCGAGCCCUGGCCCAGCUGGAGGCUGAGAAACGUGAGCUGGAGCGGUCAGCACUGCAGCUCGACAAGGACCGUGUGGCCCUCAGGAAGACACUGGACAAGGCUGAGCGCGAGAAGCUUCGAAGCCGAGAGGACACACUGCGCUUGAACGCAGAGAAAGGCCGCCUGGACCGCACACUCACAGGAGCAGAGCUGGACCUGGCCGAGGCCCAACAGCAGAUCCAACAUUUGGAGGCACAGGUGGUGGUAGCCCUGGAGGGGAACCACAGUCCGGUCCAGCUGGAGGCGGAGGAGCAGCAACUGGAGCUGCAACAGGAGGUUGAGCGUCUGCGCAGUGCCCAGGUACAGACGGAGCGCACACUGGAGGCACGGGAACGGGCCCACCGCCAGCGGGUGUCGGGGCUGGAGGAACAGGUAUCCACACUGAAGGCACAGCUGCACCAGGAGCUUCGCAGGAGCUCGGCAUCCAUCUCCCUACCCUCUGGCACCCCCGAGAAAUGAGUCCCUUCCCACUGGUAUCCUGAGCAGUCCCCUGGGCAGGAGAGAGGCCCUUUGUAGCAUAACCUGCCCAGAGCCUGGUCAUCAGAGUGCUGUGUGAGGGAGCUGGGGUGGCAGAGAGACCGCUCUUAGAGUUGCUGCAUCACCUGUACUACCCAAGGCCUCCUGGAAGAGCCUCUUGAUGGCCAAGGCUCUCCUGCACGGCCGAACCAGUCAGGCAUCAGGGAGAGCACCUGUUUCUGUCAGCAGCAGAGCAAAGCUUCCCCGGAAAGGAUACCUGAGCCAGAGUAGCUCCCAGGAGCUCCCCUUGGCAUCCUUGUCGGAAAGCUCCCUCGUGAGCUGAGAGCCCUUGUAUUUUAUACCUUUUUAUAAUGUUCACUGUGGAGAAUUUUGUGCUUUUUGUAACAUGACCUGUUUUCUAGAA